GUAAUAUACAUCAAUAUAAAGUACUCAUUGAUAUUUACGAAAACCUUAGCUGAGGAUAAAUAUGGUUUUCUUCAUCAAAAUACUGAUCUUUGCGCUACUAAUGGCCGUCGUCCCAUUUGUGCAAAUCGCAAAAGGGCAGGCUCGGUUUACUGAGGUACCACCAAGUAUGCUGUACGUAUCUGUUGGGAAAACUGCACGUUUUGUCUGGGACUACACAGUAGAUAACAGAAAAAAUGACUUUCAAGAAUUCUCACCAAUAUGGUCAUUUUAUUGGCCAAAUAAUUCGGAAUCGAUAAUUGGCUAUGAACUCGUUUUUAAACAAAGACAGUGGACUAUCAACCACAAAACCUGUCCAAAACAAUUCUUUAGUCCUACUCGUGUCAGCUUAGAGUCCAAUGCUACCCUUGUCAUACAGAAUGUCACGGUAGGUGAUAGCGGUACCUAUGGAUGUAGCCUGGUGUUAACAAAAACGGACCCGAUCAGAAGUAAAGUAAAGCUUGUUGUCACAAGUAAGUUGCUAACCACUUGAUAAAGAAAAGUCUCAAUAGCGCGAAUUUAAAGAUAGGUUUUUGGAAGAGGGGGGACGGGACGGGAC